AUGGGAACAAGUGACAGGGCAGCAAUGAUAGAUCUGUUGCUUGUUGCAAAAGGAGGCCAUGAAGUUCUCCCUUUUAAUCAGGCUAUGUUUGACGGAAUUUUAAGGGCCGCAAACUGCACGACUGUUGCCUGCUUGCGCGAUGCGCCGCAGGAGGUUCUCUUCAAAGCAAAUUCGUUUCUUAUCAAUGAGGUCGGCGAUGGAAGUACGGGAGCUCUUGGGCCCCUUACUGGCUUCACACCAGUUGUUGAUGGGAAGUAUAUCGAAGACCUUCCAACUGCCCUUUUAGCACGAGGAUCGUAUAAUAGGAAGAUGCAUUCCCUGCGCUUGUUCGAAAGACCUUACCUUACGCCGAUGACGACACUAUCAAAUGCAUCUAGUCGAUGUAUGAGUAUCCCGCAAACCUCCCUCAAAAAAUUUCAUGGGACUGGGCGACCAAUAUGUCAUUUUGCCUGCAACGCCUACUUUAACGCGAAGGCUUACAAAAACAAGGCUCAGGGAUAUGCAAUGACGAUCCCACCAGCUACUCACGGAUUGGAUCAGACCUACUUCCUUUUCAACAGCAACGCCUCCACACCAGCGACAGACAUCGCCGCGGCAAGAGAAUUUCAGGAAUAUGUGCGGCGAUUUGUGACAUUUGAGAGGAAUCAGGAGGACUAUCGAGGCCUUGACGACUGGCCGAAUGGUCCUGGAGAAACCUCGUUCGAAAUCGUACUUGGCAGUUUUGAAGUGCAAAAGGGAUUACUGGGAUGUCAACCACCGCUGUCAAGUCUUGAAUGAUAUCUUUAGCGACAGGAAGAAUGAGGCAUAGGCAUGUGUAAACUUUAGCGC